CAAAAAAAAGAUCUGCCCAAUUAUUCAUAUCUAGCCCCUUCAAAACUUUGGCUCACUUCGCCACUGAUUUGUUUCAUCACACUUCUAUGCAAAUACUUACGCCUAUAGAAUAGAAUACAUUAUAUCCUACAUAGAGUAAAUCAUGUAUAGUACUAUUGGUUCAAGUAGCAUCAUGUGACCGAAUAUAUUUCAACUCUGACGUCAUACCUCGAUAUAUUUUUGGAUACUAGUAUAUCGAGGUCUGACAUCAUUAUUUCACAAAACUGGAUCUAGCUAAACUCUCAGGCACACCGGCCAGCGCGCUCUCUCUCCCGGGCAAGUCCAGCGAUGUGUCGGCACAGGCACUGAUCUGCGUUCUGCUGAGCACGAUGGCUCAGAGAAAAAUUCCCAUUCAGCCGUUGGACUGAACUGGUACUGUAACACAGUAUGGAUGGUCAAUAUGAAGCAAGCUUCAUCGAAUUCCUCCAAGAGCUCUGAACUCUGUUCUGAUCAUUUUGAAGAUGCUUGCUUUGACAGGACUGGGCAAACGAUUCGUCUAAGACAGGAUGCUGUCCCAACCACAUUUAAUUUGCCGCCUCGUCAUCAGAAGAAUGCACACAAACCAGGGAAACCCUCGAAAGAAAGUCAUUUAGAUUCAGCAAGCAACCUCCCAGAUACUGCAAAGACACCUGUACCAAAGUCUUCAGCACCUUCCCUGGGACUACUACUCAAUGCCAAAAAUCUAAGAGGGAUGGAGACCAGCAGCAUGGCAGCAGGAGCUAAUGUUGGUCGUGAUGAGGCAUAUACCACCAUCAACAAUGCUGCAAUUGCAGUCACCACCACCAAGUCUGCUUCUGUCACUGCCAUCACCAUUGCCACCGCCAUUACCAAGACCACUCCUGACACAAAGCCCCCAAGUCCUCAACUGACCAGAUAUUGCAGCUGGAGAAGGAUAUACCAGGAACUUCAAAGCCAGGGCUUGCCAGUCUCCUACAAUAAGAAAAAUGCCAUGGGCCCAUCUAAUGAACUAGUAGUAGAAUAUUUGGCCACAGUUGUAGAAAUGCAGAGACUAACAUACUGCCACAGGUGAGGUUUUGUCCACAGUUCCAGAAGGACACAAAAUAGUAUCAGAAAGUCAUGCCAGAAUCAACAACUGAAGGGUUUGAAGAGCCAGAUAAAGAGCCGAGAAAUGUGAUUUAAAGGUACUUCAAUCACAUGCACAGUAGGAGCAAAAACAGCAGCAAACACACAGGAGAUGUAACACUACAUUGACCAACAGCAACAACUACAGCAGCAUCAACAAUUUCUGCAGGAGAUGCAAAAACCACACUGGCAACCUCAACAACAUCAAGGUGUCCAACAAGCACUCCGGGAACGUUAACAGCAACCACAGCUUCAGCUGGAGUUUCAACAAACACAUCAGAAAAAAACCAACAGCAGCAAAAAAAACACUUAUGAAUAAUGAAAUGAAUCUAAUUGAAACUCAAAAGCCAAUGACGCAACAUCUUUGACAAACUGAGACAAUUAUUCAUUCUUUUACAGGAUAAAGAAAUACUUUUUUAAAGUGUAAAUUUGCAGGAACACAAUGGAUGUUCCUAUGUAUCUAUUUAAUGAAAUAAAUUUGACUUUAAUAAAUUCAGUAAAUUCAAUUCAAUAAAUUUAGUGAUUCAAUAAAUAUCUACUUUUAUUUGUCAAUGAGUGAAAAUACCUGUAUUUUCUAUUUAGAAUGACAAAAAGCAAUUUAUCAAUUCAAUAUCAUCAAAAACUUUAGCAAUAUGGUUGUUAGGCCCUCCAAAUUGUUGAUAUUUUGAUGAAAAAGCCGUUUCUGCUGCAAUAUUUGACGCAACUCAAAUAGAUCAAAUAUUGUCGCAGAAAUUGUCAUUUGCCCCUGAAAGUAUCUGCGGCAAAUAUUUGACGCAGCUCAAAUAGCUGCAUCAAAUAUUGCCGCAGAAAUUGUCAUUUGCCGCUGUUUUGAGAUUUGCCGCAGAAAAUGGGAGUUGCCGCUGCGGCAAAUGUUUUAUGAAACGGGCCCCAGGUCAAUCAAAAUAUUUUCGAAUUCGUGCUGGUGAGCAACACGUUCACUCCCAGCGAUAGGGACUUGUUUAAAAAUGGCAUAGGAAAUAUGCAUUUUCUAAGUAUGGUAAACUCAUAGUAGAAUUUAGGUGUUGCAAGAAUUAAAUUGUGAAUGAACUGUAUUGGUAGGUAAGACAUGCGUAGAGGAUUAUUUGUCUUUAUCCAUUUCUAUUUUCCACAUUUUUCUUUUGUUUGACUUUAUUUUCUAGGGGGAAGCCCCACUCCCCCAUUCCUGUGGAUGCCAAUUGGUUGGGGGCUUGGAAUAGUGCAAGUUAAAAGGGUGAACCUGAACUUUAUAGAUAUCAAGAGAGAAAGAAUUGGAAAGUUAAAAUGAAUAAAAACAAAGAUGGAGAGAGUGAGAAAGAUGGUGGACUUUCAAGGGGCAUUAAAAAAUCUCAUAUUAAAACAUCAUUUUUGUUUUUGUAAUUAUUCUAUUUACCCAGGGUCAGUCAAAAUAUUAGCAUCCACAGGAGGGUGGGAUCCUUCCCGCCUUAAAACUGAAAUCUAAAGAAAAGUGUAGAAAUGGAUAAAAGACAAAGAUCCUCUGCGCAUGAUUUACCAGCAAAUGCAGCUCAUUCAGAAUUUAACUCUUAGAGCACCUAAAUUGUACUAUAGGCCUACAAUAUGUGUUUACCAUGCUUAGGAAACACAUAUUUCCUAAGCUAUUUUAAAACGAGUCCUACUGCUCGGAAGUGAACAAGUUGCUUCCUUACUCAUAUUCAAGAACGUUUUGACUAACCUCCUUUUUUAAUUGGUUGCUUUGCUCCCUCACAUACCCAACAAUUUGUUGUCCUCUACAUUUCUUCUGCUUGGUCACUUCGCUCCCUCUUACAUAUUCCUCAAAUCUCUUGGCCCCUGCAUUUUCCUUCUGUCAUUUUGCUCUCUCGCAUAUAUCCCCCCCCACAAAAUUCUGCUCUGUCGCAUUCGCUCCCUCGCACAUAUCCCAAAAUUGUUUUGCCCCACCCUGCAUUUUUUUUCUGCUGACAGCCAUGUCCUGCCCAACCUCUCUCUCCAAUACCUUGAAAUGAUGGGGGGGGGGGGUAACUUUAGAUAUGAGAGUGACCGAACAAUUGUAAAUCAGUGAAAUAUUUGACUUUUCUUUUGAUUAGUUAAUAUUUUCUGUGAGAGUGAUUAUUGCAAAGGAUUAUACCCCUUUCUGUACACAAAACAUACCAGUAUUUUGAGAAAUAACA